AUGUCGUGUUUUUUAUCGACAUGUUGCAGUGAUGCCGUAUCUGGAGCUGGUGAGUCCAGCGGUCCCCUACUUAAACGUCCUGUCAUCAUUCAUCGGGCUAUUCUCGGCUCUGUGGAACGUUUCAUGGCCAUAUUGACAGAGAACUUUGCUGGAAAAUGGCCCUUCUGGAUCAGUCCUCGUCAGGCCCUUGUGAUUCCAGUCGUCUCCGCCCUAGACGAAUACGGCCGUAAAGUACAGAUGCAGCUUCACGAUGCCGGCUUCAUGGCCAGCAUAGACACCGACCCUGGUCGUACACUGAACAAGAAGAUUCGAAAUGGACAGUUGGCUCAGUACAACUUUAUUCUUGUUGUUGGUGAGAAGGAGCUGAAUAACGGCACCGUGAACGUGCGCACCCGUGAUAACAAAGUUCUCGGUGAGCAUCCGGUGGAACACUUGAUCGAACGAUUCAAGGCGUUCACUGCAUCGAAAACAAUCUCCGCUGAAACGGAAUUUUAA